GAAGUGAGCUGCGGGAAGCGGAAGUCCCGCCUUUCUCGCGCUUUCUCUUCGGAGGCCGAGGCAACGCGGAGGACAGGAGCGUCCUGAGAGCGCAACCACCGCCACCAUGAGCCUUCUCAACAAGCCCAAGAGUGAGAUGACCCCGGAGGAGCUGCAGAAGCGGGAGGAGGAAGAGUUUAACACGGGCCCACUCUCCGUGCUCACACAGUCCGUCAAGAACAACACCCAGGUGCUCAUCAACUGUCGCAACAACAAGAAGCUCCUGGGCCGGGUGAAGGCUUUUGACAGGCACUGCAACAUGGUGCUGGAGAAUGUGAAGGAGAUGUGGACCGAGGUCCCCAAGAGUGGCAAGGGCAAGAAGAAGUCCAAGCCAGUCAACAAGGACCGCUACAUCUCCAAGAUGUUCCCCUGUGGGGGAUUCGGUCAUUGUGGUCCUGCGGACCCACUCAUCGCUGGCAAGUAGGGGCUUGCUCCCUGCUGUCAAAACUCACUCCCCCGUCCUGCAAAGACCCGCCCUUUGACACGAGAACAAUAAAAGCCUGGUGUGUUUUGUGUUUUU